UUCAAUCAUACAUAAUUGUUCUUGGAAAAAAAUCAUCUGAAGAAUAAUCUGCACCAUAGCAAGUAUUUCGCAAAGUCUGCUAUCAACUCCGUUUAGAAUAAAGUCGUUUUGAAGAAUAGUUAACGUCUUUUUGUUGAUGGGAGGAUUCAAACAAAAAUGUUGAUGCAAACGCAGAUGCAUCGUGGAGUUUUGGUUCGCUUUGUAAUUUGUUUCUGUUUGGUGAGCUUUACUGCUGCAAAAUGUGAUCCUGAAAUGUGUGGGUCAAUGAAGAUGAGUUACCCUUUCUGGAUUAACAAUGAUGCUUGUGGAUACCCUGGUUUUCAGAUCACUUGCGAGGACAAAGAUAUUGGUAUACCCUGGUUGGCUCCCUUCCUUUAUGGAACCGGUGUUGGAAAUGCUUAUCCCUAUGACACUAUUCUGGAGAUCGAUUAUACGGGUUACCUUGUCAUAAACUCUUUUAACAUCUAUGCCGCAUCGUGUGAAGCAAAUAGCAGUGGAGCAAGCUACUAUGAUCUACCUUCAGAUGGACCUUUCACUAUUUCAAACUCCAGUAGGUUCCUUGUUGUUGGCUGCAAUGCAUUCGGUACCUACAGUUUUGGGGGUUUGGGAGAGGUGGGCUGCGUAUCAAAAUGUGACUCUCAAAAUGAUCGACCAUACUGCCGCUACGGUUGUUGCGAAAUUAGCCUUCCAAAUGAUCGGCAGUCGAUAAAUUUCACUGGCGGAGGUCUGUUUCUUUUGCUCGAUUCUGCUACCAACAAAUCUUAUAACGAGUGUGGUUUCUCCACCAUAUUCGACCCCUCCACCUUCAAGAUUCUCGGCAACAACUCCAAUCUAUUUUUUGGAAAAGGAAGGCAGGCUUCUUAUGGUCUACGCCUUAACUGGGGGAUCGGCCUUGAGAAUUGUUCCAUGGCUAAAGAAACCGCCAAUUAUUCUUGCUCUUCCAAAGCUGAAUGCAUUGACUCCCCUUCCGGAAAAGGAUAUGUAUGCAGAUGUCUUCCUGGAUAUGAAGGAAAUGGUUACUUCAACGGCACAGAUUGUACAGACAUAAAUGAGUGCACUGAUAAGAAGCCGAAUAUGUGCGUUGGAGCAGAGGGAGGAGGAAUAUGCCUGAAUUCAGUAGGUUCUUACAGCUGUUCGUGUGCAAAGGGCUAUGUAGGAGAUGGCUUUCGAAAUGGGACAAGAUGCAUGUACACAAGUUCAAAUCGUGCCGUGUUUCCUGCCAUCAUAGGAUCUGUCUCUUCGUUUGUGGUUGUCUGUUUAGGAGCAUCUAUUGUGGUUUGAUGGCUUAAAAAACGGCACUUGAAAAUUGUGGAGGCCAAGUAUUUUCAGCAGUUGCAACAACAAAUCGCUUCCAGAGUGGGUAG